AUGCAAAACGGAUCAGCUCAUCACUCUCGUACAGCGACGAGUCACUCUUCAGGUAAUGCAGGCCUCGUCGCGUCCAAAUGGACAAAGUGGUCCGUUGGCUUGUUCGUGUUCUACUGGGUUUGCGUGUUCUUGGAUAGUAUCAAGCACCGGUGGUACAUCUUCGACCCAACAUACUUGCAUGAGCUCAGCCGAGACGCUAUUGCACACCACGGGAAUCAGACUGGAAAGAUGAUUGAUCACAUUGUUACCAAUCUGACAGCAACGUACGGGACAAAGCAUAUCAAUCCUCGUCAGGAUGAGUGGUUCUUCAAUAACGCCGGUGGUGCCAUGGGUACCAUGUAUGUUAUCCACGCCUCUGUUACCGAGUACCUCAUCAUCUUUGGAACUCCGAUGGGCACGGAGGGCCAUACUGGUCGUCAUACUGCAGAUGACUACUUUAACAUUCUCGUUGGAGAGGAGUGGGCCGCACUCCCUGGCGCAUUAGAGAUGGAGGUGUAUCCUGCUGGCUCCGUUCACCACCUCGUUCGCGGACAGGUAAAACAAUACAAGAUGCACCGUGGAUGCUUUGCUCUCGAGUACGCUCGUGGUUGGAUCCCGCCCAUGCUGCCAUUCGGCUAUGCCGAUGGUAUGCUCUCUACUCUCGACGUCUGGACGCUCUGGGACCAGACCUACGUCUCCGCUCGAGAGAUAAUCCGUAAUCUACUUGCAGGCAAAAUCUAG